GCUUAGCAAUGGAAUAAAAACUGCGCAGUUCUUCCGUUCUUAGUGGCCUCCGCCAGUUUUGACUCGGUCUAAAAACAUACGCAUUUUGAUUAUAAUAUACAAUUUCACACCUGGACUGAUUCUACCUUUCGACUCAUGCUUUUUUUAAAAGAAGCAACAGCAGCCCUCUCAUUUCUGGAUUUUUAAAAAUUAUUUGAAAUGAUUAUCCACUAAAAUUGGGACUACAUGGCAUUGGCAUUUUUGGAGAAAUAUGCAGUUCGUUUAACGGUUGUCAUCGUGUUCGUUUUUACCUUAACUCGCGCAUCUUGUGUUUUUAUUGGUGCUGCGUGUGUGGUUGCAGCACGUGCAGCUAUUUGGAGUUAUGUACGCAUGUCCAAUGACAUAAUCCUAUUCGUUUCACAGACUGGUGGUCGUCUACAUUAACGGAAGGAGAGGUGAUGAGGUCUGUAGUUCAACGUUUAUCAGUAGGCCUAAUGACGAAGUUGGCUACGGCUAUUGUGGGAUCUCUCAACGAGAACCAUGGGAGAGAUGCUCCGGGCACAUUCUGCCCCCCGCCAGCUGAUCCAGGAUCAGCUCACGACCCGUAAAUCUCACCCCAAACACCAUGCCCAAACAGGUCUGGCUGAUCCCAAACACCACGCCCGAACAGGUCUGGCUGAUCCCAAACACCACGCCCAAACAGGUCUGGCUGGUCCAAAACACCAUGCCCGAACAGGUCUGGCUGAUCCCAAACACCAUGCCCGAACAGGUCUGGCUGAUCCCAAACACCACGCCAAAACAGGUCAGGCUGACCCCAAACACCACGCCCAAACACUCUGUGUAUUUAUGCAGCAAAGCAAACGCCCAGCUGCCACUCGGCCAAUGGGAGAGGCUGCCACACGGCCAAUGGAGAGUCUGUGACUCAGCCAAUGGAGAGACUGUGACUCAGAACAAUGGGAGAGUCUGUCACUCAGCCAAUGGAGAGGCUGUCACUCAGCCAAUGGAGAGACUGUGACUCAGAACAAUGGGAGAGUCUGUCACUCAGCCAAUGGAGAGGCUGUCACUCAGCCAAUGGAGAGGCUGUCACUCAGCCAAUGGAGAGUCUGUCACUCAGCCAAUGGAGAGUCUGUGACUCAGCCAAUGGAGAGACUGUGACUCAGAACAAUGGGAGAGGCUGUCACUCAGCCAAUGGAGAGUCUGUGACUCAGCCAAUGGAGAGUCUGUCACUCAGCCAAUGGAGAGACUGUGACUCAGAACAAUGGGAGAGUCUGUCACUCAGCCAAUGGAGAGGCUGUCACUCAGCCAAUGGAGAGACUGUGACUCAGAACAAUGGGAGAGUCUGUCACUCAGCCAAUGGAGAGGCUGUCACUCAGCCAAUGGAGAGUCUGUCACUCAGCCAAUGGAGAGUCUGCGACUCAGCCAAUGGAGAGACUGUGACUCAGCCAAUGGAGAGACUGUGACUCAGAACAAUGGGAGAGGCUGUCACUCAGCCAAUGGAGAGUCUGUGACUCAGCCAAUGGGAGAGAGCCACAUAUGUUGAGAGAGUGGGGUGCAUCUCCAGCAAGGAGCCAGUGAAGGUGGAAUGUGUCAGGUGCAGUCACUCAGGGAGGGGGCGUGGCUUGUGUGGGCUGCAGGGGAGGCCAGGGAAAAGACGGCAGGCUGAACCGCACCGCUGAGGGACUGCGGACCCCCCCCCUGCCGGAGCCCGGCGUGUCCUCGCCCCCCCCCCCCCCCCCGGCGCCCAGCGUGUCCUCACGGGCAUUAAGGUUGGCAGAACACUGAAGAAACUCUAGAGGGAUGAUGAUUGGCAGCUGGAGCUGAAGGCUGGAGGUGAUUGGUUGAGUGGUGCCAUAUUCAGGCCUGAUAGGCUGAAUGCAUCACCCUGCAGAGCAGUUUUGUGGGCGUGGCAUACGGGACUCCGCCCCCCUGGACGGACUGAACCAUGGAUCAUGGCCUCCAGCAAGCAGUCGUGCCUGGGCCCCUCCCUCCUGGUGCUCUGGUGCUGUCAAUCAAUCUCAGUCCCUCCCCCACCCACGUCAGAGUCACGCCAAAGGCCUGCACCAUCCCAGCAGCUUCCAUAACGGGCAAUCAGCAAGGGGCAGGGACAAGCCUGAGCUGGGGAAGGUGAGUGGCCAGGCGUUGCCAUGGGAGCAGAGGCAGCCCCGCCCCUGGGAGCAGCAGCCUGGCCUCCAUCAGGAUUAUAACUCAAGACCAGGAGGCUCCGCCCAUUCCAGCCCUCACCAGGUACAGAGAGGGUAUGGAGGCCCUCAUCAGUAUCCCCGCCAUCAAGCCCCGCCCCCGAUGGGGGACGUGUGGAAUCACACUCAGCAGCCCAGGGGAAUUCCAGGGCAGAAACGCCCUGCAGCAUCCCAGGAUGAUCAGGCUCCGCCCCCCCGCCAUGCCCCGCCCCCUGAUGGCAGCCCAGGACCCAAGAGGCAGAGGCACUCCAGCAAUGAGCAGCGUUUCUUUGCUCCAAACUGCUACCCCCACCCCCACCCCCACUCCCACUACUCGCCCCACAAACCAAGGUUCUGGAACCCUCCGCACAAAGGGGGUGUGUCCUGGAACCCACCUGACAGGAGGAGCGGCCCUGCAGACUUCCAGGACUCUUUCAAGCCCGGUUUUAGGGGAUUUUGGAACAGGCCGCCUCCACCACGCCCAUCUCAUCAUGGCCACCGUGACCGGAUUGCUCCGCCCCCUCAAGUCGCUGAUGGACACAGCAGGAACAGGCCCCUCCCCUCACCAGCAAACCACACCACUGUGCCUUAUAGCCACGCCCCCUACUGGCCCCAGCAAGAGCGGAGCUCCCCCACUGUACCUCAGCACUGCCACGCCCCCGAGGGGCGGCGACAGCAGGGCAGGCAGGACAAGCACACGCUGGAUCGGGGGGGCAGUGGGGUGGGGCUGGAAUCUCAGGUUCAGAACAGGCACAGAUUUGGGGAUGGGAGGGGUCCUGGGGCACACCAGCACCUCAGCCCCCCACAGACCCCCCCCUGCCUGGAGCGCAGCCGGCCCCAAACACCCCCCUCUGCCUCCGUCUGCCCCCCCCUGCCCUGCCCUCGAACCCUGAGCAGUCCUGACGCCAGCACUGCCAGGACCCACCAGCAGCAGCCCCCGCCGCCCCCCUCUCUGCCCCCUCCCUUGCACCCCGCCCUCGGCUGCUCCACCCCCCAGGUUCAGCGGCCAAUGGAAGUGACAGACCCCCCAGCACCGCCCCCCAGCUGCAAGCUCCUCCCUCCUGGCCCUCAGCCCCGCCCCCACGCACCCACAGCAGUGUUUAGAGGAGGCGCAGGACAAACGGAAGCUGAGCCGGAGGAGAGAGGGAGGGAGAGAGGGAGGAGAGGAGAGCAGGGGAAGGAGAAGGAAAAGAAGAAGGAAAGGGAGAAGGGAGAGCAGGAUAAAAUGAGAGAAGGAGUGGAGGGGCACAGUAGCAAGGGUAAAAAGGGGAGGGGUCUGGAGACCCACCCCUCCAAAUACUCCACCUCAAGAGCCCCACCCCUCAACAGGAUUGGCCAGGAGAUGCAGAGAGAAAAUGAAGGGAGGAGAAGAGGGGUGUCACCAGGCCCCUCCACACAGAAUACCUCAGGGAUCCCCCCACCCCGCAGUGAUGGCCACGCCCCCUCCAGGUCAGAGCCCCGCCUCCUGCCGUCCCCCAGGGCCCCAGAGCUCCUCCCCAUCUCCAAGCCGCUCUGCCGGGACGACCCCCCCGCCAGCCCCCCCCUGUUGAGCCGCCAGGGCUCUCCAGAAUCCUCACCCCAUGAGGAAGAGGAGGAGGAGGAGGUGAUGGUGAGGCCAACUGUGCUGGCCAGCCCCACGUCCACUCCACCCAUGACUCCACCCCUCUCCCAGCCCGUCCAAUCAGAUCAUCAGAUCACCCAGCCAGGGACAGGCACUGGCCCCGCCCCCCAGCAGAGACCGCCCACGGAGGGCCCCCCGAGGCCGCACCCCCUCCAGAGGAACGUGAGCGCGGUGCUGAAGUCGCUGGCCUCCGUCCUGCAGCAGCAGAGACACGCCCACAGGGGAGGGCCAUUCGGCAGAGCCCCGCCCCCAGCCAAACACGCCUCCUCGCUCUCAUUGGCCCCAGACCACAGGGGAGAGGGGGCGGAGCUAAAGCAGAAACACGGAGAGGUGGACAGGAGGAGGAGCCAGACGAGAGGAGAGGAGAGGCCUCACUCUUCAUCCUCCUCUUCCUCCCCUGCCCUGGGGGUGCGCUGUGCGGUCCUACUGACCCGACACCCCUGCCCCGCUGCAACCAAGGAGAGGAAGGGUGCAGGCCAGAGGCACAGAGAGGGGGAACGAGAGAGGGGAGGAGACAAGGAGAGGGAAAAGGAGAGAGAGAAAGAGGAGAGACAUCAGAAAGAGAAAGAACAAGACAAGGAGAGAGAGAAGGAACGAAACAAGGAGAGAGAGAAAGAACGGGGCAGGGAGAGAGAGAAGGAGAGACAGCAGAAAAAGAGAGCGAAGGAACAGGACAGGGAGAGAGACAGAAAGCGACAGCAGAUUGAGACAGAAAGAGGAGACAGGGAGAGAGAGAAAGAGAGGGGGCAGAAAGAGAAGGAGAGGGGGCAGAAAGAGAAAGAGAGGGGGCAGAAAGAGAAAGAGAGGGGGCAGAAAGAGAAGGAGAGGUGGCAGAAAGAGAAAGAAAGGGGGCAGAAGGAGAAAGAGAGGGAAUCAGACAAAGAGAGAGAGAGGAAAGAAAGGCAGACUGGCAGGAGGAAAGAGGUGCAGAGAAGCAGGGGAAAAGAGAGGAGAAAAAAGGAUAAAGGAAAGAAAGAAGGGGCACCUGUCUGUUCUCCACCCCUGCAGUCCAGCUGCAGCGCCCCCGGCAGGGAAGUCCGGAAGGUUUUGGGGACCCUGGACCUGCAGGGAAGGGAGGCCAGAGGAGCGAGGGAGAGAGAGAAGGGCACACAUUCCAGAGAGAAGAGCAAAGAGGAGGAGCCCCGACCUGCCGUCACUGUGCCGACCACCGCCACCAUGGCAACUAUCACCAUGGCAACCAGCUCCACCAUGCCAACUGUCAGCCCAGCAACCAGCUCCACCAUGCCAACUGUCACCCCGGCAACCAGCUCCACCAUGCCAACUGUCACCCCGGCAACCAGCUCCACCAUUCCAACUAUCACCACGGCAACCAGCUCCAACAUGCCAACUGUCACCCCGGCAACCAGCUCCACCAUUCCAACUAUCACCACGGCAACCAGCUCCAACAUGCCAACUGUCACCCCGGCAACCAGCUCCAACAUGCCAACUGUCACCCCGGCAAUCAGCUCCACCAUGCCAACUGUCACCCCGGCAACCAGCUCCACCAUGCCAACUGUCACCCCGGCAAUCAGCUCCACCAUGCCAACUGUCACCCCGGCAACCAGCUCCACCACGGCAGCUGUCACUACGAUGACCAUUUCCACAGUAACCACAACCAUGGCAACCAUCACCACAGCAACCGCAGUCACACCAGCCGCAAAACACAUCAACGUGGCGAGCUCCGGCACCGGCACCACGCGCCCCGCCCUGGGCGUGGCAGAGUUCCUGAAGCUGAAGGGCCUGUCCUUCGGCCCCCCGAGAGAGCUGAAGAUCCGUCUCAUCAAGGUGGAGAGCGGAGUCGGCAAGACCUUCAUCACCCGCGAGGAAGAGGAGAAGAUCAUCCCGCUGGCCCAGAUCAGCAUCAAGAACACAGCCUCAGAGGUGAUCCGGGCCUGCAGGGGGGCCAAGGUGAAGGGGAAGUUUCGGGAGUCCUACCUGCUCCCAGCAUUUUCGGUCAAGCCCGCCCUGAGCAGCGAGCAGCCAAUCGCACGGCACAGACUCAGCCCCCCCACACCCAGCAUCUAUCUGGAGAGUAAAAGAGAUGCGUUCUCACCUGUGCUGCUGCAGUUCUGCACCAACCCCAGGAAUCCCGUUACUGUCAUCAGGGGCCUGGCAGGCUCUCUGCGUCUGAGUGAGUCCCCAACCAAUCAGCUCUGCACACUGCCCUAUGGCCCUGCCCAUCAGCCAGUCACACUGCACUAUGGCCCUGCCCAUCAGCCAGUCACACUGCAUAGCUGUGCGACCAAGCACGCUCUGGUCGGGCAGACUGGGCUGUUCUCCACGAAGUCGCUGGUGGAGGCGAACGCUGAGCAUGCGGUGGAGGUGCGCACACAGGUUCAGCAGCCGGCCGACCAGAACUGGGACCCCAGCGGGUCCUCCCAAACCUGGCCCUGCGAGAGCAGCCGCUCACACACCACCAUCGCCAAGUACGCCCAGUACCAGGCCUCCAGCUUCCAGGAGAGUCUGCAGGAGGAAAAAAACAGUGAGGAUGAAGAUGAGGAAGAAGAAGAAGAAUCUCCACCCCCAGAUUCCACCUCCAACACCAAUCCAACCAGUACGGAGCAGAAGCAAGUUGGGAAGAUCAUCAAGUUUGGUACGAACAUUGACCUCUCUGACCCCAAAAGGUGGAAGCUGCAGCUGCAGGAGCUGCUGAAGCUGCCGUCCUUCAUGCGCGUGUCCUCCAGCGGGAACAUGCUGAGUCACGUGGGCCACACCAUCCUGGGCAUGAACACCGUGCAGCUCUACAUGAAGGUCCCCGGGAGCCGCACGCCAGGGCACCAGGAGAAUAAUAACUUCUGUUCUGUGAACAUUAACAUUGGGCCGGGGGACUGCGAGUGGUUCGCUGUCCACGAGAACUACUGGGAGGCCAUCAGCGACUUCUGUGAGAAGCACGGCGUAGACUACCUGACCGGGUCCUGGUGGCCGGUUCUGGAGGACCUGUACCGGGUAGGUAUCCCAGUGUACCGCUUCAUCCAGCGGCCGGGGGACCUGGUGUGGAUCAACGCCGGGACGGUGCACUGGGUCCAGGCCGUGGGCUGGUGCAACAACAUCGCCUGGAACGUGGGGCCAAUCAACUCCCACCAGUUCCAACUGGCCUUGGAGCGCUUCGAGUGGAACCAGGUGAAGAAGGUCAAGUCCAUCGUCCCCAUGAUACACGUCAGCUGGAACAUGGCCCGGACCAUCAAGAUCACAGACCCCGAUACACACAAGCUCAUCAAACACUGCCUCCUGCAGUCUAUGAAGCAUAUCCAGGUUCUAAGGGACCAGCUGGUUGCCAAGGGAAAGAAGAUCUCAUAUCAGAGUCGUGUGAAAGACGAGCCGGCGUACUACUGCAACGAGUGUGAUGUGGAGGUGUUCGACCUGCUGUUUGUGACGAGCGAGAGCGGCUCCAGGAAGAGCUACAUGGUGCACUGUGAGGACUGCGCCUCUCAGCUGAGCCCCAGCCUGGCCGGCGUGGUGGUGCUGGAGCAGUACCGCAUCGAGCACCUGAUGAGCACAUACGACACCUUCACCCUGGCUCCGCCCCCCAGCUCUCGAUGAGGUCACUCACGGGCAGCCAUAACCAAAACUCCCACCGAGUCCCUCCUGUUCGACACAACUACUGCUACUGCUGAGCAGCCAAUCAAAACUCUGUUUACUGAAAUGUGUUUACAUUACUGUACUACAUCAGCCAAUCAAACUCCAGGUCACUGUCGUCUUCCUUCUGCACCGGGUGCUAAUUGGUUGUCUGGGGGACCUGGCCACUGAAAGACUAGACUGAUUUCACUCACUAAAAGCGCUGGAAAACUGUAUGCAACAACCCAACUGGAAACCAUCACACACUGCUGAUGAAAAGCAGUUAAAAUGGCUGGAAGCUGCUCACACUCAAACCCUUAAGGUGCUGUGCUAUGGAAGGUUCCAUGCAAACCAAAUACCCUACAACCUGUGACAAAUUUAGAGAUUAGUCUAUGAACCAGGAAGUGUAUUAUGGGAAUUACAUGACUGGCUGGGAGAGUUGAUCACAUGGGUUUUGUUCUUUUUCAUUUUCUGGGGGGGGGGGGACUGAAUUUUGUACAUGUAUUUCUCAUGAGGUGCUAUUUUUAUUUAUUUUCAUUUUAAUUUAUUGUUUUUUUUAAUGAACUAAAUGUACCACAUUUGCCUUGAAACUUGUAUUUAAUGAAAAUACUGAUUACAGAGGCUAAUACAUUUUUCUACAGCAUUAAUUUUAAGAAAACCAAUUGUUUCAAGUUUCCAAACAUACGGGUUUUUAAAUAUUUCAGUUUGUUUCUGUGAAUCUGACAGUCGUAAUUUGUUUUUCCACAAUCUUAAUUCAGUCUGAAAAUGACAACAUUUUUUGUACCUUUGUAUCCUAAAAUCUUUUAAAAUCUUUACAUUUCAUUAACUUUCAUUACUGAAUUAUUACUGUUAUUAGUACACUCAGUUUUCUUUAUGUUACCUCAUCAUGGGUUUGUUGUUCUUUUUCUGGUUUUUAGGUUUUAAAAAACUGUAAAUGUAAAUGGUGUAUUUAUAUUUUUCUGUUUUUUGUAUUUAUUGGAUAUUGAUGUUUCCUUUUUAAUUAGGGUUAACAGAGAUAUUAAAGGUUUUCUAUUGUUGUAUUAUUGGUGUAAUAUUUGAAGGGGGCAGGGUGGGGGGUUGUUUCUAAUGGUGCUUAAACCCCACUACCCUCCCAGUAUAUACAGAUUAUUUAUAGAUAUAAAUCUACUCCUUUACCGGAUGGUGAGCUGAAUGAAUAGAACAGUGUCUGUACUGAUAGACAGCAGCAGCGACAACACCUUUUUAACGGGAUGAAAUGUGGUUUCGUUUUUUUGGUCUGAACUAUUAAAUUGUGAUGUUUAUCAUUAUUGUUAUUCUUUUUACACUUGUUUUUGUCAAGAGACUAUGGGGUUCUCUCUUUUUUUUUCCUCUUUUUCAUAAAAAAAAAAAGUGUUUUCUUUUGGCAAAAAUACUGUUGACAAUGGUUUCCAUUUCAACUGCACUGUUCACAUGGAAAACUGAGCUGGAUGUGACUUCAACACUUUGUGAAUUUGUGUGACAUUACCAAGACUAAUAUUAAUAAAGCAUUUUGAUAUUCAUA